UUGCACUGUACACAGGAAGCGACAAGAGUCCAUCAAGCCCUCCUGCCCUCUUUCUGCUUUUGCUUGAUUACCUUAAAUCAAAAGAAGGCUGUUCCAGUCUUCCACGGCAAGGCAUUUCCCCGUCAGGCCUUUGGAGAGUCUUUUCUCUCCCUUUUCCUCUCCCCAGGUUUCAGGACCUUCUUCUUCGCCUGGACAUGAGACUUUUCAUUCUGUUAGCCUUUGCCUUCUGGUGCUGCCAUGCCAGCCCUCUCCAAGGCCAGAAGGUAGACUGCGAUGAUCCUGGGGUCUUUAACGCGGUGGAUCUAGCCCUGAAGGAAUUGAAUCGAGGCAUAACUAAUGGCAACAAAUAUGCACUCAGUGUAAUCCUUGAUGCCAGCAAAACACCAGGCCCUGGCCAAAAUUACAUUGUGACAUAUCAGCUAAAGAAAACCUCUUGCGUUGCUGGAGAUGCGACUCCCUGGCAAAACUGCGAGUUCAUGCUAUUAUCAGAAGGAGACUCCGGCGAGUGUAAAGCUGAAGUUCACAUCGAUGACUCCGCCGAACAUUCCAACGUUUUGCAGAAAUGCACUAACAUUACUGUCCCAGACAAGGUGACCAGGGUGCAUGCCGGAUGCCUAGGCUGCUGGCAAUCCAUAUCCACCAAGAUUUUGGAGUUGCUGCCCAUUUUGAGACACGCCAUACAGCUACAUAACAACCAGAGCGGAAUGCCAAACCUUUUUGAAGCUGGAGAGAUAGUGAAAGCCCAGCGUCAGGUGGUGGCUGGAUGGAAGUAUAAUUUUGAGUAUUUGGCCAGAGAGACAAAUUGUUCCAAGGCUGAAUUUACAGAUUUGACUGCAGAAUGCAAAGCUCUUCCUCAAGGCCACAUAGCUAGUUGUGUAGUUGAUGCCGUUGUGGACUUGAAAGGGAAGCUUGUGCAUGCUGAACAGAAGUGCAUCCUUCGAGAAAAGGAAAAGUUUUCUGGCGCUGUUUGUCCUGGUUGCCCUCAACGUAUUCCAACAGACAGCCCAGAACUGAAGGAGCCACUGGCGGUUGCCCUGGAGAAAUACAACUCGCAAUGUGGUGGCGAUUUCUAUUACAAAAUUGAAAACAUUACAGAAGCUUCAAGCCAGGUUGUCGCUGGAAUCAUGUACCGAGUUCACUUUCAAAUUAAGGAGACAAAUUGCUCUAAGAACAUUGUCCCGAAAUUGAAUGAUGAUUGUCAGACUACAGAAGACAGUAAACUGUUAUACUGCUAUGCAUCUAUUUACGAGAGACCCUGGACGUCAGAAAUCCAGCCCAAAUUGAAAUGUGGUGAGGAACCUCAGGAGGAAACAGAAGAAAGCCAGCCCUUGAAGAAACCAGUCAUGAUGCAGCUUAUGAGGAGACCUCCAGGUUACACCCCAUUCCGAAGUGCUGGUCUAGCCCUCAUCACAGGAACAAGCGGAGGUGAACCAAGUGGGGCUUGUAACCUAGGCUUUGGCAGCAAUCAUGGCCACAGCCACAAACAUGGCCACAGCCACAAAUAUGUCUUUAAAAAGCCCAAAAGCAAGCCGAAAAACAAGUCUUCUGAAGAAUCUGAUGAAGACAAAACUACACUUACACCAGCUGCUGAAAUCUCAGAACGGCUACCUACUUUAGACGUGCUUCAACAAGAGGAAGUUGAGACACCACAAGACAGCAAUGGACCUCCACCUUCUCUGUUUGAACCUUUACCGGAUCUGCCAGAACCACCAGCUCCUAAGUGUCCAGGGAAACCGUGGAAACCCAUUAUAGCCCUUCAGGAACCUAGUCGUGACUUCACACUCGAAGAUCUUUUACCUCCCUCUGUGGACACCGCUGAACCGAUCGAAACAACAUCAGCUCCCAACCCGUCAAUCUCCCUCGAUUUUGAUCUCACAGAUGCUCUGUAACCAGUUUAUUAUUUCUUCAGGAAUUCAUGAAAUCCCACAGCAGUUGAAGUGGGAAAGUGACUGGGAUUUUAAGGCUGCGUGCAAACAUAACACUGAAACAGGAGUUGCGGCAAAUUGUUUUCCCACACGGCAAACCUGGCCUCCCCCUUUUGCAAUGCAAUUGGCAGGUGUGCAACCCCGAAAUUUAAACGUUGAGUCAGCAACCUUGCCUCUCACAUGCUUUUUUUGUUUUGUUUUUCAGAUUAUUUAUUUCAGCAUUUGUCCUCUUCCUCCUUUUCUGACAUUGGGACGAAAAAGCAAAAUUUAAGAGUUACCAAAGUGUUCCAAGGACGUGGGGGUGGUAGGUUCAGUAUAUCACAGGCAACCUGCCAAUCUGCAAUGUAUAGAUGGCUCCUAUAACAAACUCUCAGAACUAGUUGCCUCUGUACCAAUCCCUGGAAAGAAUCAUUGGUUUGAACAGAAUGUCUUAAUUGCACUUUUCGAGCAACCUCGCUACACCAAUAGUGUUAUGUUUGUCUGCAGCCUUGUUAGCU